AUGACUUUAGAAAUGUCAGCUCCAAAUCCAGCUAGAAGAGAUGUUAUAAUCUCAAAAGCAUUAUCAUAUCUUCUACGUCAUGGAGCACUUAAAGAAAAAUUAUCAAUUAAUGAAUUAGGAUAUGUUAAAAUUAAUGAUCUUUUAUCUCAUCCCCGAUUAAAAUCAAGCCAAGUUACACGACAAGAUAUUGAAAGAAUUGUCGCUAAUAAUGAUAAGAAAAGAUUUACAAUUAGUAAUGACAAUCAAUUUAUAUGUGCCAAUCAAGGACAUUCAAUUCCACAAAUUAAUAAUGAUAAUUUAAUUCCCUUGAAUUUUGAAGAUUUGAAAAAUUUUGAAAUUUAUCAUGGAACUUUUAAGAAUAAAUUAUCAAUUAUAAAACAAUCUGGAGGAUUAAGUAGAAUGAAUAGAAAUCAUAUUCAUUUUACAUGUAAAGAAUAUAAUACAAUUUCUGGGAUUAAAAAACAUUCCAAUGUAUUGGUUUAUAUUGAUAUUGGGAAAUGUAUGGAACAUGGAAUUAAAUUUUAUAAAUCGUUGAAUAAAGUUAUAUUAACUUGUGGGAAUGAAGAUGGAAUGAUUCCUUGGGAAUUUAUUACUAAAGUUGUUGAAACAAAUGGUCAUGAAAUUAAUAUGGAUGAGAUUUAG